UCUCUCUCCCUCAGCCUCACUCAUUCAUUUUUCAGAGCUCGCUCUCUCUCUCUCUCUCUCUCUCUCUCUCUCUCAUGGCGAAUCUAGCUCGCUUCUCCAAGAGAGCCCUAAGAAGCGCACACGCAAUAGCAAAGCAGCACGUGCAGCCUCAGCUACUGGCGUCGGAACGUGCUUUUGCGACGGAGGCAGCGGAAUCGAUAACUCCUUCGCCGGAUCGGGUGAAGUGGGACUACAGAGGGCAGAGGAAGAUAAUUCCGUUGGGGCAGUGGCUCCCCAAAGUGGCCGUCGACGCUUACGUGGCACCCAACGUGGUUCUCGCCGGCCAAGUCACCGUCUGGGAUACAGCCUCCGUCUGGUCAGGUUCCGUCCUCCGCGGCGAUCUCAACAAGAUCACCAUCGGCUUCUGCUCCAAUGUUCAGGAACGCUGUGUUCUUCACGCUGCUUGGUCUUCUCCCACAGGCCUUCCGGCUGAGACUUUUAUAGAGAGGUAUGUGACAAUUGGGGCAUACAGCCUGUUGAGGUCCUGCACUAUAGAGCCAGAGUGCAUUAUUGGGCAGCAUUCCAUCCUCAUGGAAGGUUCAUUGGUGGAGACCCACUCAAUCCUUGAAGCUGGGUCAGUUGUUCCGCCUGGAAGGCGAAUUCCAUCUGGUGAACUUUGGGCAGGAAAUCCGGCCAAGUAUGUGAGGACUUUGACCAAUGAAGAAAUGACAGAAAUCCCAAAACUCGCAGUUGACAUACGUAAUGUGAGCAGAGCAUAUUACGAUGAGCACUACCUUCCAUAUUCCACAGUAUAUCUGGAGGUUGAGAAGUUCAAGAAGUCUUUGGGUAUUUCUAUUUGAUGCUCUUUGUUGUUAUGCUUCAAUGUAUCUGUGAGUUGGAGUUUUUGCUUGUAAGGAAAUAAGAAUCUAAACACAGAGCAAGCUUUGUGUUUUCUUUGUAUUACUUGCUGAAAGUGUUGGCUUAAAACAUCAUAUCCUAUGUAAUUGACCGGAGUAAUAUGUUAACAGAUAAGAUGCAUUGGUUUUUUGCUCCCUACUAAAAGAUUCUAAUAUUGACAGGG